GUUACAUUGUUGCAAAGCGCCGCUCAUCAGCUCCACUCUGUCAGAGGAGAUCCUGCUAGCCACAUUCAGCUGUGUUUUCCCCCCAAAAGACCAAUAUACAUCACCGAAACUGAAUAUAAACUGCGAUCGGAAUGCGCUAAACAGCCCCUGUAUUUGACCCACAUGAGGUGCAGUGAUGGCAUCAGAGGAAAGAAAGCCGGACACAGAAACACAUAAAACACAUUCAACAUCAUCCUCUAAGUCUGCUCCUGUGAAGCCAAACUACUCAUUGAAGUUCACCCUCGCAGGUCACACAAAAGCUAUAUCAUCAGUGAAAUUCAGCCCUAGUGGCGAAUGGUUGGCAAGUUCAUCGGCAGACAAGCUUAUCAAAAUAUGGGGCGCUUUUGAUGGAAAAUUUGAGAAGAGUCUUGCGGGACAUAAACUUGGAAUAUCAGAUGUGGCCUGGUCUUCAGAUUCAAAUCUUUUGGUGUCUGCAUCAGAUGACAAAACAUUGAAGAUCUGGGAUAUGAGUUCGGGAAAAUGUCUGAAGACACUGAAAGGCCAUAGCAACUACGUCUUCUGUUGUAACUUCAACCCACAGUCGAACCUUGUUGUUUCUGGAUCUUUUGAUGAGAGCGUACGGAUAUGGGAUGUCAAAACAGGAAAGUGUCUGAAGACCCUGCCAGCUCACUCAGACCCCGUCUCAGCGGUGCACUUCAACAGAGAUGGAUCUCUAGUAGUCUCCAGUAGCUAUGAUGGUUUAUGCCGGUUGUGGGACACUGCAUCAGGACAAUGUCUGAAAACUCUUAUAGAUGAUGACAACCCCCCUGUCUCAUUUGUGAAGUUUUCUCCAAAUGGAAAAUACAUUCUAGCUGCAACACUGGACAAUACAUUAAAGCUCUGGGACUACAGCAAGGGAAAGUGUCUCAAGACAUAUACUGGACAUAAGAAUGAAAAGUAUUGUGUGUUUGCCAAUUUUUCUGUGACUGGAGGAAAGUGGAUCGUCUCAGGCUCUGAAGACAACAUGGUGUAUAUCUGGAACCUGCAGACCAAAGAAAUUGUGCAGAAAUUACAAGGGCACACAGAUGUAGUGAUCUCGACAGCUUGUCACCCUACAGAGAACAUCAUUGCCUCAGCAGCCCUGGAGAACGACAAGACCAUCAAACUGUGGAAAAGUGAUUGUUAAGUUAAAGCACAGCACUUCAGAGGCUUUAGUAGAAACUUCAGACUGAUGACUUCCAGUAGUGUCUGUCUUUUACAAUGGUUUGAUAGCACCUAAUGCAGGGUUAUUAUGUGAGAGAUGGGCAGGUCCUGUCUGCUCAAAAUAGUGACAGUCUCACUCGAGCCUUUUCACCCCUUAAUAUACUGUAAUAUUUUCAGUUCAUUUUAAUUUAUUACCGAAGAACAAAUAUUUUCUAUCAAAUCAUGAAUUCUGUUGUUUUAUUGAUCUGGUUGGAUAAAAUGUACUUACGGUAGACAUACCAGAAACGGAUAUAUAUAAAUGUUUUUGUUAAUCCAAGAGAAUUUUCAGAACUUUUUGCCAUCAAAUGUUUGCCUUUUUUCCUGAUAAUGUUUGCAUUUCCUGAUAAUUUACUCACCUCCAUGUCAUAUUCAGUGCAGCUUCAAGGGGCUCUACAUGAUCCCAGCCGAGGAAUAAGGGUCUUAUCUAGCAAAACUAUUGGUCAUUUUCUAAAAAAAAAUACAAAUUUAUAUACUUCACGCUUUACGUAAUCGGGUGGAAGUACCGACCCAGUGUUUACAAAGCAAACGUGCAAAGAAAGUCAAACGCCCUUUACAAAAAAAGGUAAAAAAAUGAUGUCAGAUAAUUUUGAAGUUGGAGGAGAAAAUGAGAUGGAGUUUUUUUUUUUUUUUUUUUUUUUUUUACCCUACCCUACCCUACCUUUUUGAACCGAAAUACACAGGUUAACCACCCAUGACCUUUCCAACAUGAUUACAUAAUGCACCAAGUUGCAGAUGUGCAUUGCAGAGCUAGUGCAAGAAAACCAUUUGUGGUUAAAAAAUAUAUAUAUAUUUUUUUUAAUUCAGAAAAUGACUGAUCGUUUUGCUGGAUAAGACCCUUAUUCCUUGUUUGGGAUUGCAUAGAACCCUUUGAAGCUGCACUGAAACUGCAGUUUGCACCUUCAACCCAUUGGCCACCACUGAAGUCCACUAUAUGGAGAAAAAUCCUGGAAUGUUUUACUCAAAAACCUUAAUUUCUUUGCAACUGAAGAAACAAAGAUGUGAACAUCUUGAAUGACAUUGGAGGUGAUUAAAUUAUCAGGAAAUUUUUAUUCUGGAAGUGAACUAAUUUUAAACAUUAUUUUCCACUAUUUAGGCUUUAGAUUUGUCUUCAGUUUUAUUUUUAUGGUUUUCAUGGCUUUGAUCCAUUGAAGCAGUAGGUAAAUUUCCAUAAAAAAAUUAUAAUAGAAAUCUAUAUAAAUGUUAUUGCAGCAAUAUUCUGCUUUAUGAAACUGUGAAAUCUAUUUAAUGUUUAUAUAUAUAUAUGAUAUCUUGUAUAUCAUCAUUUAUUCAUAACUCUAAAAUAGUUCUUUUGUUUGCUGACAACAGUAUAACAGUAUUUUUUACAAUCUGAAAUUUAAUAGUCCUUUGAACAGACAUAAUAUAAUAGGACAAUACACAAUACACCCUCCAUUUGUCUUGUAGAAAAGAACAAGUGAGCCGUCCUCAGCGUUUAGGUGAGGGUACCAUGAAAACAAAUGGCAGAGGAACAGAGAAGCCUUUUGCACGUAAACCUUUUCCUCAGUUCAGGUUUGAGGGUCACGGCUGCACUUAAAAAUGAAUAUUUACACCAACAAUGUGUACAAUAUAGAACAGACGACAAAAUGAUAUAGAGAAAAAAAUUACACUUUGUACAAAAAUAGAUAAUUCUCUUAAAAUGCAUCAUGUCCUGUGAUGGAUUGCUGUCUCACAGGGAAAUACGACAGAUGUCUGAUGGUGGCACAUCAGGAUUGUAGCUGAAAUCAGAUAAGACGUGGCUGGGUCCUGAUGGUCUAACAAACCCUGUUUGACUAGUCCAACACAGUGCAAACCCAAGAGCGCUUUACAUUGUCUCUAUACCUCAGCAAGGGGUCUUUAGUUCUUGUCUGCACAUUCUAAUAUGCUGGUUUUGGAGUAAUGAAAGGCCAAAGACGUCCAAUGACAGAACAAACAAAAUCCACUGAUCUUCCCUGACGGCCGAUUCAAAUUUCUCCCUGGUCAAAGCAUAGAACUUCAGGCUCAACACAUAGAACAAUCACAUAGACAGUAUAUGCUGUUUAUGUGCAUAUUAAACUGAAUACUCAUGUUGCUAUUAUCACGGGCAGAAUGUGUCGUCUAAAUCAGUAGGUGUUUCGCACUUGUCUGAUAAUGACAACUGCUGCUACACAGCUCACAUACCUCCCAAAUUCCAAUAAUAGUUACCAAAAUUCAUCGUCAUCAUGAAAACACUG